UUUUUUCACCAGUCUAUAAAACCCCUAACAAAUGCUUAUUUUCAUGUCUUUAUUGCACGAAUGCCACAACAAAACAAAAAUAUUUAUUCAGAAUCUAUAAAAUCCCCUAAACACGUUUGUGUAUGGUCAUUUAAGAAUGUUUUUACAGAGCUCAACUCUAUCCUUGAGAGGAGGAUUAGUCAUACAAAAAUCGAAAUUUUCAGCUUAUUCCACAUACUCAUUGAGAUCACGCUUCCAUUUUCAGGCAAACCAGGUGUUUUCCUGCCAAUGGGUUGUGCAGAAAGUUCAAUUGAGACCGAAGAACUGGACAUCCAGAUUGGAAUUGAGAAAGUGCUUGCUCCGAAUAUAUGCAAUGCGAGAUUUUGCAGGUGAUAGUCAAGAAUUGGAAUGUGCAUCAGGAAUGGCUGAGGCUUCUUCAAGUGUUUCGGAAGAGGAAGUCGUUAUCAGCUCUGCUAGCGAUUCUGAAUUCGUACGGGAAGCCAGCCAUUCAGAGAACUCAAUAAAGGGCCGCUUGGUGGUUCCAGCUAAGCCAACCUUCCGUCUAGCAAGAUGCCUUCCAGGACUCUUGAUCACUGCAGGAUUAUUACUUUUUAUCACCAGUCUCUUAUUUUUUGUUGAUUGGUAUACCCAGCAGAUAAUCAUACCUUCACAACAUUCAUUUUUUUUGGCGCCCUCCUUCUUGGCUGCAGCAAUCAUAACAGGAUGUUUAGGAUGUGUUUGUGUCCCAUUACUAAGAAAGUUAAAGUUUGAACAAAUGUUUAGAGAGGAAGGCCCAAUGUCACAUUUAGUGAAGAUGGGGACUCCCACCAUGGGUGGACUAUAUUUUGUUCCGGUUGGGCUUGUCAUUGCAAGUUUAUUGACAAGAUGUGCUCAUAUAGAAGUAUUGGGAACUUUAACAGUAACUCUGGCAUUUGGCGCAAUUGGGUUGCUUGAUGACAGCCUAUCCUUAAUACGCAAUCACAACUAUGGACUUCCUGGUUGGCUCAAAUUUGUUCUUCAGGUGGUUGCAGGCACUUGUUUUUCCUUCUGGUGGGAUUCUGUAAACUUACCGUCGCCGUAUGAAAUGAAAUUGUUGCCUUUACCCGCACCUAUAGGUCCACUAUAUUUGGGAAAAUGGUACCUUCCAUUAAGAGUAUUUUGCUUCGCAGCGAUGGCUAAUGGCAUAAACUUGACAGAUGGUCUUGAUGGUCUUGCUGGAGGGACUGCUGCUUUGACUUUCAUAGGGAUGUCCAUUGCUGUUAUACCCAUUUAUCCUGGUCUUUCUGCAUUUGGAGCAUCAAUGGCAGGAGCUUGUAUUGGUUUUCUCAUGCAUAAUAGGUAUAAAGCAUCUAUCUUCAUGGGAGAUACUGGAUCUAUGGCACUGGGUGGAGCUCUGGCUGCCAUGGCUUCUUGUUCUGGAAUGUUCCUUCCACUUUUCAUUGGAUCUGGAGUCUUUGUUGCUGAAACUGUGUCUGUCAUCUUGCAGGUAGUUUACUUCAAGAUCACGAAACGGCUUAAUGGUGUAGGCUCUCGAUUGUUUCAAAUGGCACCCAUGCAUCACCACUUUGAGCUUUGUGGAGUGAAAGAACCUUACAUAAUUGCAAGUGCUUAUGCAAUCUCAUCUGUCUUGUCGUUGUUUGCAGCUUAUGUAGGCCUCAUUUCAGCAUAAUCCUUCAUAUUCAUUAGGUGUAAAAGUAAAAUGUUCAAGGCUUGAUGAACUGGAGGUAUAGUGCUGGAGCUGAAGAAUGAAUUGUCCCUUAAUUCUCUAAAUGAAACACAGGCUAUCCAAAGGUUUCAUACCAGUUGUCAUGUAUUGCUAAAAAGCACCCAUUGAAAAGAAAAUGUCAAGGUGAAAUUUCCAAGAUGGGAAUAAAUAAUCUAAUGUAUGAUAGUUAAAGGAUUUUCCUUCAUACCCAGAUGUAAUCCAAAAGUUUUGACCCAUCUAUUCCCUUACUGUGCAUGCAAGGACAUCUGCGUUUCUUCCAAUAUUUGUGCAUUUUACUAUUUGCAUCUGUUCAAUGCUUAGUGAGAGAUAUUGUUGAAAACAAACUUUGAUCAUGUCAUGGAACUUGGAUAGAGGUAGUUGCAAACAUGCUUGAGUGUAGUUGCGAUGAGAAGGAAGGUGUGAAUAAUUAUUUGGUGAUUAGGCAAUUGGAUAACAGAUGAGGAAAUAGAUUGAAGACUUUGUAAAAUUAGAUUUGCUAUUUAAUAUAAUAUUGCCUAAAAGGUAAUUACAAUUGAA